AUGGCAACCAUGAAAGCAGUAGUCGUCGAGGAAACUGGCGGUGUCGAUAAGUUGCUCUACAAGGACCUUCCCUUUCCCGAGGCUCAUGAAGGCACUGUUGUCAUCAAGAACCACUUUAUAGGCAUCAACUACAUUGAUACCUAUCACCGUACCGGUCUUUACCCAUUGCCUCUUCCAUUUGUUCUUGGUCGCGAAAGCGCUGGCGAGGUCAGUGCCGUAGGACCUGACGUCAAGGAUUUCAAGGUUGGCGAUCGUGUUGUCUAUAUCGGUGGAUCGACCUACUCUGAAUAUACCGAAGCCAAGGUCGGUGCUGUUGAAAAGAUUACAAACGACGUGUCAUACGAAACAGCAGCUGCUAUUGGUAUCCAGGCAUUGACAGCGUGGACGUUGGUUCGUGAAUCUUAUCCUGUCAAGAAAGGAGACCAUAUUCUCAUCCAUGCAGCAGCCGGUGGUGUUGGCCUCUUGCUGUGUCAAAUGUGCCGCUAUCUUGGUGCCACCGUAAUUGGCACCGUGAGCACAGCCGAAAAAGCCGCGCUCGCACGCGAAAAUGGCGCCGAUUACGUGAUCAACUAUACCACCGAGGAUGUCGUCGCCAAGGUGAACGAGAUUACCGGUGGUCUGGGUUGCCAAGGUGUGCUAGAUGGCGUUGGCAAGUCUACUUGGGAUAUCUCUUUGCAGUGUGCCCGACGACUCGGAUCCGUAAUCAGCUUUGGAAAUGCUUCGGGUGUAGUUCCUCCUAUUUCGAUCGCGACGUUGGCACAAAAGAAUCUCAAGAUUAUGCGACCCACUUUGUUCAACUACAUGACAUCGCGUGAAGAAUCGCAAAAGUGGUGGGGUGAAGUGUUCGAACUUUUGGCCAAGGGCGUCAUCAAGACCCACAUCUACAAGAUAUAUGAUCUUGCCGAUGCAAAGCAGUCUCACAUUGAUAUUGAGAGCCGAAAGACAACUGGCAAACUGUUGUUGAAACCUUAA